UGCAGCAAAUAGGCAAAGAAGCGACAAAAGAAGAAUCAGAAAGUGAAAAGAGAAAGAGAGCGAUGAACAGUAUCUUCUCCAUUGACGAUUUCUCCGAUCCUUUUUGGGAAACUCCUCCGAUUCCUCUCAAUCCCGACUCUUCCAAGCCUGUUACGGCUGAUGAAGUCAGCCACAGUCAACCCGAAUGGACUUUCGAGAUGUUUCUCGAAGAGAUUUCUUCGUCGGCGGUGAGCUCUGAGCCACUUGCAAACAACGCGAUCGUCGGAGUUUCGUCGGCGCAAUCUCUUCCUUCUGUUUCUGGACAGAAUGAUUUCGAAGAUGUUAGUCGACUUCGCGCUCGCGAUUCGGGGAAUUGGGAUUGUGCUGCUGCUCCGACGACGACGGUGAUUGUUGAUUCCGAUGAUUAUCAUCAUCGUGUUCUUAAGGAUAAGCUUGAGACCGAGUGCGCUGCUGUUAGGGCUGGGUCUGUGAAGCCUGAAGAUUCCACUAGUUCUCCAGAAACUCUAUUUCAACCAGUUCAAUCCAGUCCUCUUACUCAUCAAGGUUCUUUGAUGACCCCAGGAGAACUUGGUGUUACUUCUUCCUUACCAGCUGAGGUGAAAAAAUCUGGUGUACCAAUGAAGCAGGUUACUAGUGGAUCGUCGAGAGAAUAUUCUGAUGACGAUGACCUUGAUGAAGAGAAUGAAACCACUGGUUCCUUGAAGCCAGAGGACGUAAAAAAAUCUAGAAGGAUGCUGUCAAAUCGUGAGUCAGCUAGGCGAUCUAGAAGGAGAAAGCAGGAGCAAACUAGUGAUCUCGAAACACAGGUUAAUGAGCUAAAGGGUGAACAUUCGUCACUCCUUAAGCAACUGAGCAACAUGAAUCACAAGUAUGAUGAAGCUGCUGUUGGCAAUAGAAUACUUAAAGCUGACAUUGAGACAUUAAGAGCUAAGGUGAAAAUGGCGGAAGAAACCGUGAAGAGAGUAACAGGAAUGAAUCCGAUGCUUCUCGGGAGAUCAAGUGGACAUAACAACAACAGAAUGCCAUUAACUGGUAACAGCAGGAUGGAUUCUUGUAGCACUAUUCCAGCUUUUCAACCACACUCAAACCUAAACCAUAUGUCAAAUCCUAACAUCGGGAUCCCAACCAUUCUACCUCCAAGACUCGGAAACAAUUUCGUUCCUCCUCCAUCACUAAACUCCCAAACCAGCUCUCCGUUGCAGAGAAUAAGAGAUGGGCAAAAUCACCAUGUUGCUCCAAGCGCCAACCCGUAUGGGUGGACUACUGAACCUCAGAACGAAUUAGCAUGGCCGAAAAAAUGCGGGGACUGAUGAAACUUGAAGCGAGUUUCACGCUAUAUCAUAGUGUUGUAUAAGUUACGAAUCAUGAGAAAACAUUUGUGAAAAUACAGUCUCAUGGCUUAUAUAAGCUCUGUCUUAUAACAUUACAAGAUUCUUAUUUGAGAAUCGUCUUUCUAUCUA